GGACUGGAGCUGGAGCGCAGACAGGGGAUCGGAGGAGAGUGACAGGGUUUGCUGCACUAACUUCUGAAACACCGACAAAACUAGGUGGACGCUAGGUGUUAUAAAUGGAUAGGCGCAACAGAAAGAUAGAGUAGAAGUUGUGUAACAUGACAGACAAACUUUAGAGGUGAGUUUUUGGGGUGAGACGCUGAGGGGUUAACGGCGCGGUCCACCGACGACUCAACAUGGAUGUCCGGGGAGCAACGGUGCUGCUUUGAGAAGGAAUUAAGGCCGUUUGUGGGUUAUUUCUAGCCGAAGAUUUUUUUGGUGUGUGUGUGUGACGGAGCUGAGGACGAUUUUAAACAAGCGGUUCAAGUUCAGCUGUGGAUUGUUGUAGCUAACAUUUAGCAAAGAUGUUAAAACUGUGGAGGCGAGACGUGCCGCUCUCAGAGAGGCUGGGGGAGGACUCUCCGCUUGUUCCGGCACCUGGCCCCCCACCCACGGCAGCUCCGAUGGGCCCCAAUAUUUCAUGGCUUCCUGAGGCCCCGCUUCUCAGCUUGGAUCCGCCUAUUUUUCUGAUGACUCCAGCGGCGCAGGCUGUAUCUGGCUUCUUCGUCUGGACUGCACUAAUCCUCACCUGUCACCAGAUCUACAUGCACCUGCGUUUCUACAGCUCGCCCAGGGAGCAGCGCCAUAUCGUACGGAUCCUCUUCAUUGUUCCCAUCUAUGCCUUUGACUCCUGGCUCAGCCUCCUGUUCUUCACCAAUGACCAGUACUAUGUUUACUUUGACACCGUCAGAGACUGCUAUGAAGCAUUUGUUAUUUACAACUUCCUGAGUCUGUGCUACGAAUACUUGGGAGGAGAAAGCGCCAUCAUGGCGGAGAUCAGAGGAAAACCGAUAGAGUCCAGCUGUAUGUAUGGUACCUGCUGUCUGAGGGGAAAGGCCUACUCCAUUGGCUUCUUGCGAUUUUGCAAGCAGGCCACUUUGCAAUUCUGUGUGGUCAAACCGCUCAUGGCUGUCAUCACCGUCAUCCUGCAGGCCUACGGCAAAUACAAGGAUGGAGACUUUAAUGUUGCCAGCGGUUACCUGUACGUGACCAUCAUCUACAAUAUCUCCGUCAGCUUGUCGCUGUACGCCCUCUUCCUGUUCUACUUCGCCACCAGGGAGCUGCUGAGCCCUUACAGCCCCAUGCUCAAGUUUUUCAUGGUCAAGUCGGUCAUCUUCCUCUCCUUCUGGCAGGGCAUGCUGCUGGCCAUCCUGGAGAAAUGCGGUGCCAUCCCUCAGAUCAACUCAGUGGAAGUGUCUGUCGGUGAGGGUACGGUCGCCGCCGGUUACCAGAACUUCAUCAUAUGCAUCGAGAUGUUUUUCGCGGCACUGGCUCUGCGGCAUGCUUUCACAUACAGCGUGUACAAGGACAAAAGUCUCGAUUUAACAGGACAUGUUCCUACAUAUGGACAGUUUGGCCGCAGUGCCCCCAUGAAGAGCAUCUCCAGCAGCCUGAAGGAGACAAUGAACCCGGGCGACAUGGUCCAGGACGCCAUCCACAACUUCUCCCCGGCCUACCAGCAGUACACCCAGCAGUCCACGCUGGAGCAGGGGGCGCCACCGCCGGUCUCCCGUGCCCACAGUGCUGUCAGCGGCCGCGGGGACACAGAGAAAACGCUGCUGCUCAGCUCAGAUGAUGAAUUCUAGAGCAGAACAGGUCAAAAGCGGGCAAAACUUGACAUCAGUCUGAUGUCAAAACAGCUGAUGGUACUCUGCUCUCUGCAGCCGAUCCCCCUCAGUGUACGAAUCAGUAGUUGCUUGUUUGUUUUUGUUUCCCCGGUUUUGCGGCUGAUCAAAAAAUGCAGGGGCCCGCCUUUCCCAAGGGUCACAAGCGGGAACACGGUUGAGUUGUGAGUCAUACUUUCAGAUAAUGACUCAUAGCUUUGGAACAAAAACUGAAAAAAAAGCUGAAUUUCUUUUUUUUUCUCCCUCUCCUUUUUUUAUGCACAGUCCUGUUUCCCCUUCCUUGUGUUUUGGAGCGGAGCUGUAAUCUUCAUAGGUGUUGCUAUUUAUUUGUUCAGAUUCACAUUUUGAUCUUCGGCAGUGUUUACCAAGGUUUCUUCUUUGGACAUGAUUCAUAAACUUGAAAGAAUAUUUAGUCAAGACAUUGACUGGUUGGUCAAAGCGCUUUAAAGCAGUUUUCAGUGUUGUGGAGGUCUUAGUAGUGGGGAUGAGAGACCCUGGGCAGCAGUUGGUGAUGCAUUUAAAGGGAAAGCAUGUCAAAAACAGGAGUCAGUAAACACAACACAUGGAUCAAUGUUGUUAUUGAUAUUGCAGAGGGGGAGGCAGAGCAGCUCAUAGAUUACAGAGUGCAUCUGCGGCCGCGGCAGGAGAGCCGGUCGGGAUUACACUUGUGUAAUUGGGGCGUUAUUUGAAUGGCCGGGAUUAAAGCUUGUGUUUCACUCUGAUAGUAAGACCUCUCCAGGCCACAAUGUAGGUUAAAUGGAUUGAGGGGAAAACAGAAGAGGAAUAUAGGCUAAAGCUAACUUUAGAUGCCUUUUCUCGUUACUGGAGCUUUGUCGAAGCUGGGUGUACUGUAGUUCACGUUCAGAGGCGAACAGAAGUUUCAAUUCUACUCUUAGUUAGGUGUUGUGCUUUGAUUUUUGAAAACAGGAUAAGUUUGAAUUUGAUAAAAAAGAUCUGGCAACUAAGGCAAGGAGUGUGUGGGUAGCUGCCUGUGUGGCAGUUAUUUUUGCAGGGAUUUAAUAAAACAUUUUAGCGUGUGCCUACACAGCUGUUAAAUGACAGUACAUCAUUCUGAGUGCUGUCACAACCUUAAUGGACAUCAUGCCUCCAGCUGAAGCAUUAUUGCUUCUUUGCUGAUGGAGCCAACCUACAACUCUCAUCUCCUCAGAUAUCAGUAUUGUGAUUAGUUUAUCUUUCUUCAGCUUGACCACAUGUGGGUCGUAAACGUUGUUGUUGUUGACAUUACUGAGUUUCUUUGAGUUGGAUUCGCUUUUAUUCUUCCAGUCAGUCUUUUUUUUAUUUUUUGGUGUAAGUUUACCGCAGUCUAAGCUGUUUUUUUUUUUUUAAAUUUAUUUGUAACUGGAUUUCUUGAGUCAUCUGAAUGACUCAUACGAACCUGCCAACAUUUUUUUAGUUCUACUUUCACUGCUUUGCUGUAGCUCUGUCUCAACACCAGGGGGCCACAGGGAGUGCGUUUGGAGCCAGUUGUAGGUCAUAAACAUACAGUCAGAGCUUGAAGCAUAUUUUAAAUGCACCAAGAAAAUGUUUGUCACUUUUUUAAUGUCUUCUUAGGACUGUCUUCUAUUUUCAUUGGAAAGCAGAAAUGUGUCCCAUGUUCAGACAGUGCUUAUGUUUUUUUUUUUCCCUUCUUUUUCUUAUUUUGUGCUUCUGCCUGAGACAUUAUUAGUUCUAAAUAGGAGAGAAGCCACGUGUGCGUGCAGGAGCAGCCUCUUAUUUAUAGACACUUUAAAAACGGGGUUAUUUUUAGCGAUGAUGAAACUGAGGUUGCACUGCAGCUCCUACUGACAGGUUGCUUGCGUGGCAUUAAAUUAACUCUCAGUUUAAAAGCAAAGCAGACAGUAUGCUGAUUUGCACUUUCAGUGUCAUAAUUCACCCUUGUACUCCUCAUCUUUGUCUGCAGCCAUGCUGUUUGCUGCAGUGUGAGUUGUUCUUAUGUGGGAAAAAAAUGUUUGUUGUAGACUAAUGUUGCACAUAAAGUACAUGAAAUUUUUAAGUGCUAUCUACAGGAGUAAAUGUAUGUCUAAAUAAUCAUAUAUACUGUAUAGAUUGAUCACAGGAGAAACAAAGGCCUAUUUUUUUUUACAACUUUUGUUUCAAUAUGUUUUUUUGUUUCUAGUUCUUUGUAUAUUAUAAUGCUGCUCACAAUGCUUCUGUGUCACGUUAGAUGGAAAACCAUGAAGACAAAAAUAAAGAUAUUUACUGUUG